AAAUUUUAGUACAUUUUGAUUACCAUCCACCACCAAAACAAAUUAAAAUUAGUUAAUGCCAUUAUUUUAACAUAAAUUUGAUAUUCAAACUUUUGUAUUAUAUUCUAAUUCCUUCUUAAUUUCUCAGCAAAUUAAGCUCUCUAGUUUUUUCUUCCUUCUAAAGUCAAACCUCUAUUAUUUCCUUCUCCUUGUUCCAUUUGUCGGACAAUAUUCAUUGCAAAACUUCAAUGCUUCAAUGAUCUCCAACAACUUCUUGUUAUUAUUGGGUUAAUUACAAGACUUUGAUCAUAAGUUGGAGAACUUGGUUGGGUUGAUUAUGAUUUUGAUAACCCGACAUGGGGUGUGUAUGAUAUGAUGGAAGGAUUGGUUUACUGGAUUUUAACAUGUUUUGUGUUUUUAAUCGUUUGUUUCUUCAAUAUUGUUCAAUCAACUAAUGCACAAGGGUUUUUGAGCAUAGCAUGCUGCGUUCAAUCCAGUUUUACAGAUAAAAAUUUGACUUGGAUACCCGAUGAUCAAUGGUUUACAAACAGAAAAGGUUGCAAGAACUUGAAUCAGGGAAACCAAAGUUCUCGGAUUUUCGAGAUUGAAUGGGGGAAAAGAUGUUAUAGCUUACCGACGGUUAAAGAUCAAGACUAUCUGAUAAGGGGUUCGUUCCCUGUUGUUGAAACAGAGGGAGCUGCUGUGUUUGAAUCUUCAUUUACUGUUUCAGUCGGUAGCACGCCACUAAGCGUGGUGAACUCAUCGGCGGACUUGGUGGUUGAGGGGAUUUUCCGAGCUGCUAAUAGCUAUACUGACUUCUGCUUAGUGCAUGGAAAAGGAGAUCCCUACAUAUCGAGUCUUGAACUAAGGCCUUUUAAUGAUUCAGGGUAUUUGAAUGAUAAAUCAUCGAAUAUUUUGAAAGUGGUUAAUAGAACUGAUCUAGGAGGCUUUGGAGAGACCAGGUACCCAGAAGACAGAUAUGACAGAAUUUGGAAACCAGCAUCAAGUCUUUACUCACCAGCAGCCAACUCCACUGUUAUUAUCCACAACAAUGUGAAUACAACAGUGCCUCUCAAUGUUCUACGAACUGCUGUCACAGAUUCAACACGGUUGGAGUUCCUUCAAAAUGACCUUGAUAAUGGGGAUUACAACUACACUGUGAUCCUCUACUUUCUUGAGCUCAAUGACAGUGUUAGAAUUGGCCAAAGGGUGUUUGAUAUUUACAUCAACAACGAGAAGAAAGCGGAUAAUUUUGAUAUAUUGGCAAAAGGAUCAAACUAUGGAGAGUUAGUUUUCAAUGUGACUGCUAAAGGGUCUCUAAAUUUGACCUUGGAUAAGGGAUCAAAUGGAUCUGAACUUGGACCACUUUGCAAUGCCUUUGAGAUGUUGCAGGUGCGCCAAAGGGAUCAAGAGACUGAUUACAAUGAUGUGGUUGAGAUAAAGAAGGUAAAAGAGGAGUUGUUAAUGCCUAACAAAGGAAAUGACUUACUGGAAACUUGGUCGGGCGAUCCAUGCCUGCCUGAUCACUGGCCAGGUCUGGCCUGCAACUCCAUCAAUGGUUCCACUGUCAUCACAGAUCUGGAUCUUUCUUCAAAUCAAUUUCAAGGGUCAAUUCCUCCGAGUAUCACAAAGCUAACCCACCUGAAAACAAUGAACCUGAGCAACAAUGACUUCAGCGGCGAGAUUCCAACAUUCCCACCAUCCUCCGAUCUCACAUCAGUGGAUAUAAGCUGUAAUGAACUUGAAGGAUCUGUACCACAAUCUCUCGUCUCACUUCCCCACUUGAGUACACUAAACUAUGGAUGCAAUUCUCAACUUGACAAUGACCUGCCAUCUACCAUGAACAGCUCAAAGCUAACCACUGAUUCAGGAGCAUGUUCCAGAAAAUCAAGGGGUCCAACAAAAGGAAUUGUCAUUGGUGCUGCUGCAUGUGGGUCUGCUGUAGUUACUAUUGCUCUUGGAACCAUUUUGGUUUGCCUUUAUAGAAAAAAACUAAUGGCUAGGAGAAAAUACAAUGGGAAAGGACUCUCCUUGGGAAAGAAUGUGGUGUUCUCCCUUCCUAGCACAGAUGAAGUUUUUGUUAGGCCAAUAUCUAUACAGACAUAUACUCUACAAUGCAUUGAGAUGGCCACCGAAAAGUACGAAACAUUGAUCGGUGAAGGAGGGUUCGGAUCAGUGUAUCGAGGUACUCUUCCUGAUGGUCAGGAAGUUGCUGUGAAGGUCCGAUCAGCUACCUCAACUCAAGGAACUCGAGAGUUCGAGAACGAGUUAAACCUUCUUUCGGCUAUUCGGCAUGAGAACCUGGUUCCUCUUCUUGGUUAUUGUUGUGAAAACGAUCAACAAAUCCUCGUUUAUCCUUUCAUGUCCAAUGGCUCUUUGCAAGAUCGACUCUAUGGGGAAGCAGCAAAACGUAAAAUUUUAGAUUGGCCAACCAGGCUUUCCAUUGCUCUUGGUGCUGCUCGAGGUUUGAUGUAUCUUCAUACCUAUGGCGGGCGUAGUGUUGUACAUAGGGAUGUAAAAUCAAGCAACAUACUUUUGGAUGAUAGCAUGAGUGCUAAAGUAGCAGACUUUGGUUUUUCAAAAUAUGCUCCUCAAGAAGGUGACAGUAAUGCUUCCCUUGAAGUAAGGGGCACAGCCGGAUACAUGGAUCCAGAGUAUUACUCAACCCAGCAACUAUCUGCAAAAAGUGAUGUCUUCAGCUUUGGUGUGGUUCUACUUGAAAUUAUAAGUGGAAGGGAGCCUCUAAACAUACAGAGGCCAAGAAAUGAAUGGAGUUUAGUUGAAUGGGCAAAACCUUAUAUAAGGGAAUCAAAGAUUGAUGAAAUAGUUGAUCCUAACAUAAAAGGAGGGUACCAUGCUGAGGCAAUGUGGAGAGUAGUAGAGGCAGCAUUGGCAUGUAUUGAGCCCUUUUCGGCUUACCGACCGUGCAUUGAGGACAUUGUUCGAGAGCUAGAAGAUGCUUUGAUCAUAGAGAACAAUGCAUCUGAGUACAUGAAGUCCAUUGACAGCAUAUAUAGCUUGGGAGGGUCCAAUCGCUUCCCAAUAGUGAUGGAAAAGAAGAUAGUUGUACCACCUACACCAACUGCUUCAGAACCCUCCACUACUAAUCCACAAACAAUGGCUCCUCCUGAGCCACGAUAGUAGGAUGAGAUGUUCAUCAGUUUAAAAUUGAUAAAUCAGCUAACUGCAAGAAUUAUUCCCCAGUUUUUUUCAAUGAAAGACCAACAAGUACCUUCAUCGCUUCCAUUUUAAUUUUCAAGUUUUAGUAUUAUUAUUGCAGAACUUCAAUGCGGUGUUAAUGCACAUUCCUUAGUUGCUCUCCUGCUCCUGUUUUUACCGGUUAAAUUAGCCAAGCCGUUGCGACUGUUUAUCAACCAGCCCUGCUUUGUAGUUAGGCCAAGUAUGUAACGCCAAUAUUCAAGGCAUUUUAGAUGAUUUAAGCCGUAAACAAUUGAAUGAUGAUGACUUUAGACUAACUGAAACUGCCUGGUUGUACAAAAAAAAUGUUUACUUAGCCUUACAGAACAAGCACUUAUAGAAUUAUUGUAGUUUUAAUCUCGUAUGCUAAUGUGAACUUAAUCAACCCAUCUCACUCACCGAAGAUAAUCUAUCCACUCACUAACGAUAACAAGAUCUCUAGAUUUGCCCUUAAUCAAAUAUUCCUCUAAAGAAUUCGUUAGUGCCCUAAAAACUACACCCAUGAUGAAGGAUGAAAGUCCUUUAUAAAGCUCCAAUCCGACUUGAAUUGUCUAUAGAAUCAUCCUCCUUUUAACAUGAAGAUAAAGCAAUAGACAAACUACCAAUGAUACUGAAUAUCUGUUAGGACCUUAGCUAUCCUCAUAUCUGAAGUUUUUUUUUAUCAUGUUUGAACAGCUCCUUAAACUGCACCAAAAUGAAAAAAUAAGUAAACUUCCAAAGGUUAAAUCGUGAAUUAAGCCUUUUAAAGGUAUGUUUUCCACAAGUCUAAAACAAUGAUAAACAUCCUUACUAUUAUACAUAUCUUAACAUUAAUCCCAUCAAAUCUUUGAUGAGUAUUAAGUUUUCACCAUCUAUUUUGCUUCACAUUUUCGUAAAAUAUUACAACUAGAAGCUGCAUCCCAACAUUUGACUUGAUUAGUACAUGAUUCCUUUUCUUUCUUUUUUU